GUCAUAUAGUCCUCAUAGGACCCCUUUCAGGGAUAUUUUAAAUAUUAUGAAGUGUGUUUACGAGCUUGCCACCAACAUCUGCUUCUCUAAGACUCCCCAUUUAGUAAUUGUACUAUUCAUCCAGUUGCUUUCAAAGUUGGAAACCUGAUUAUUUUCCUGUGAUCUCUAUCCCCCGCUCUCAUUCUCCCAUAUACAAUUCUACAGCACAGGAAAUUCGUGCUAAUAUCCUUGAGAAUCCAUUCACUCUAGUCCAAGUGAACUUGUUUCAUCAUCUUUCGUUUUCAGUAUCCUUUAGUCUCUCCUAGAUUAUCAAUUCUUGUCCACCUCUUGAUUCAUUUUCCACUCAUUAGCUAAUAUGAACUCUUUACUUUUUUAAGUUUAUUAUUUUUGGAGUGUCUCUACACCCAAUGUGGGGCCAAGAUCAAGAGUCACAUGCUCUUCUCAGCUAGCCAGAUGCACCUAACACGAACUCUUUAAAUGUUAAAUCUGACCAUGUCACUCUUUGCUCAGAACUCUCUAGUGCCUUCCCACUGCCCUUAGAAUAAAAUCCCUCACAUGAGCUCUGUGGAUCUGCACCACUAGUCUUUCCUACCUCUCCACUCUUGCAACCAACUCCCUUUCCCUUUCUUCUUUCCAGCCACAUUGGUCUUUUUGUGCUGCAAACUGGCCAAAUUUCUUCCAUCCUCAGGGCCUUUGCACAAACUCUUCCUUUGCCUUAGGAUUCUUCCCAGGCCUGCCCACUUCCUCAUCCCUGUUCCACAAGCUAAUGCCUUAUCCCCUAGAUUUCAUUUUAAAAAUCUCUUACCCAGGGAAACUUCUCUGCCCAAACAAGUCUAUAUUGGAUCUCCCUGUUAUUUGCUCUUUUACUCUGUAUUUUUCCUUAUUAGCAUUUACCACAAUUCUACAGUUAUGUAGUUUUCAUUUAAUUUUAUUUUUUUCUGAUUGAAAUAGAGAAUACAUCUGCUUGGUAAAAAAUUCAAAUUGUACACAAGGUAUAGAAUAAAAAGUCUCUUCCCUGCCCCUCUGCUACCCAGUUGUUCUCCUUACUAGUAACCACUUACAGCAUUUUGAAUCUACUUCCAGAGAUAUUUUCUGAGUACACAAGCAAUUAUGUACAUAAUACUCAUUUUUUGCCUUCUCUUUAUUAACACAGAUAUAUACAUUUUUCUGCACUUUGUUUUUACCUGUUAAUAAUGUAUCUUGGCAAUUCUUCUAUGUCAAUAUGUAAAUAGUUGCCUCUCUUCAUGUAUCAGAUAGUAAGUACGGGCUUAGCAUAAAUUUUUAACCUCAAUGAUUAGGCAAUGAGGUUGUUUUCAGGCUUUGGUUAUAACACACAAUGCUGCAUUGAAUAACUUUGUAUGUAAAGUCAUUUCUCGCAAAUGUACCUAUAGAAUAAAUUCCUAGAAUUCAAAUAAGGGAAUUAAAAAUGAUGUGCAUUUUGAAUUUUGGUAGUUAUUGCCAAACUGCUGUCAACGGAGGUUGUAUCCAUUCAUAUCCCCACUAGCCACAGAUGAAAAAUGCAUGUUUCCUCACAACUAUGUUAGUGAAAGAUUUUUUUUUUUUUUUUUUUUUUUUGCUUUGCCAUGUAAGAGGGGGAAGGUAUCUCUUGGAAACUUUAAUUUGCAUGUUUUUUUUCCCUUCCUUGCAAAGUUAUACUUUGAUGUCUAAACAGCCAUUUGUACUUAUUUGGUGAACUGUUUCUUCAUAAAUUUUGCUUCUGUUAUUAACGUCUGACUUCCUCUCUCUACUUUUAAGGUCGGUGCUGUGGGUGCAAGGGCUCCUCUUGGCGGUUUUCCUUCCUUCCAUAGUUUCAGGUCCUAGAAUGAAUGAAGUUCAGGAAGCGACGGGCUCACGUCACGCGGCGCUCCAGCUCCGAACUCGCGUCUGACUGACUCCAGAGCCCACGUGUUCCUUCCACGAGAACUCCCCCCACGCCAGGGACCAGAGGGGUCACGUCACGUAACCUGUGCCGGGGAGCGGGUUGUGCCCAAACCGCGAAAAUCUGUCCAGUCGCAGCGUCCUUAGGCCGUUUCACUGACUUUUGAGGACCGCGUUUCCGGCUUUCCCGGGAAAUCUCCCGGGUCCGAUCCCAUCGAGACUGCGCUCGUCGGCAGCCCGCCUGCAGCGCAUCCGCAAACUCUGGCGCCAAGGGGAGCGGGAGCCCGAGGCGGCGAAGCCGAGGCUGGAGGUGACGGCUGAGCAGCGAGCAGGUUUCCGUCGGUCGAGAACGGGCUUCGGUACCUCAGGGCGCGGGGCCAGGACUCGCGGGGGAGCUGGAGGGCGCGCACGGAGGCGGCGGGGCGGGCGGGGCCGCGCGGCUUCCCCGACUCUCCGGGCGCCCAGGGGCUGUCCGGGAGCACGCGCGCUGCCUCCCGGGUCCCUCUCGGCACCCAGCCGCGGGCGAAGCCGCCCCCGACCCGCGCCGCGCCUCCCGAAGACCCUCCCAGGCGAAGGCCGCCGCCACGACCACCUCCCGCGCGGUCCGGCCGCUCCCUGCGUACCCCGCACCACGACUUCCGUUCGCCCGACGUCUGCGAACCGCCCACUUCCGCCCACGCAGCGGUGGGCGGAGCCAAGAUGGCUGAGGAGAGGCUGGCGACGAGAACUCAGUUUCCUGCAUCUGCUGAAUCUCAAAAACCCCGGCUGAAAAAAGCUCAAGAGUUUCCAAUUUUGGAGAAACAGAACUGGUUGAUACAUCUCCACUAUAUCCGGAAGGAUUAUGAAGCAUGCAAGGCUGUUAUCAAAGAGCAACUUCAGGAGACUCAGGGCUUAUGUGAAUAUGCUAUCUAUGUCCAAGCAUUAAUAUUUCGCCUGGAAGGAAAUAUCCAAGAGUCCCUAGAACUCUUUCAGACAUGUGCUGUUCUCAGCCCUCAGUGUGCUGAUAACCUCAAACAGGUGGCCAGAUCUUUGUUUCUUUUGGGAAAACAUAAAGCUGCCAUUGAAGUAUAUAAUGAAGCAGCUAAACUUAACCAGAAGGAUUGGGAGAUCUGUCACAACCUAGGAGUCUGCUACAUUUAUCUGAAACAGUUCGACAAGGCACAUGACCAGCUGCACAAUGCCCUACAUCUUAACAGGCAUGAUUUGACUUACAUCAUGCUGGGGAAGAUCCACUUGCUGCAGGGAGACUUGGACAAAGCCAUCGAAAUCUAUAAGAAAGCAGUGGAGUUCUCGCCAGAAAACACGGAACUUCUUACGACUUUGGGACUACUGUACUUACAGCUCGGCAUUUACCAGAAGGCAUUUGAACACCUUGGAAAUGCGCUGACUUACGACCCUACCAACUACAAGGCCAUCUUGGCAGCAGGCAGCAUGAUGCAGACCCAUGGGGACUUUGAUGUCGCCCUCACCAAAUACAGAGUUGUAGCUUGUGCCGUUCCAGAAAGUCCUCCACUGUGGAAUAACAUUGGAAUGUGUUUCUUCGGCAAGAAGAAAUACGUGGCAGCUAUCAGCUGCCUGAAACGAGCCAACUACUUGGCUCCCUUCGAUUGGAAGAUUCUGUAUAAUUUGGGCCUUGUCCACCUGACCAUGCAGCAGUAUGCGUCGGCCUUCCAUUUUGUCAGUGCAGCCAUCAACCUCCAGCCAAAGAUGGGGGAGCUCUUCAUGCUCUUGGCUGUGGCUCUGACCAACCUGGAAGACCCGGAGAACGCCAGGAAAGCCUACGCGGAAGCAGCCCGCCUGGACAGGUGUAACCCUUUGGUGAACCUGAACUAUGCGGUGCUGCUGUACAACCAGGGCGAGAGAAAGGGCGCCCUGGCCCAGUUCCAGGAGAUGGAGAAGAAAGUCCGUCUGCUCAAGGACAGCCCCUCUCUGGAAUUUGACGCGGAGAUGGUAGAGAUGGCCCAGAAGCUGGGAGCUGCCCUGCAGGUCGGGGAGGCGCUGGUCUGGACGAAACCAGUUAAAGACACCAAGUCAAAGCACCGGAGCGCUUCAGCCAGCAAAGCUGCCAGUUUGCAGCAGCCCCUGGGCUCUAACCAGGCUCUGGGACAGGCCAUGUCGUCGGCAGCUGCGUACAGGAAACUCCCGUCAGGUGCCGGAGGAAUAGCCCAGCCCACCAAGCCGUCUCUGCCCCUGGAGCCAGAGCCCACCGCAGGAGCACAGCCAACUGAAGCACCAGCCCAGAUCAGAGAAACACAGGAGUAGGACGGCCCUGGGGCAGGGCUCCUAUGGUGGGGACGUGGCAGGUUAGCGAAGGGUGCAGGACACAGGUGCGCGGAGGCCAGGUGCCCCCGGCACCAGGGAACCCAGAUGUGUUCCGGUGACCACGAGGAGCUGAGGCCGUGUGGCCUCCCGGGAGCCCCGUCGCCUGGCAGACAGGUCCUAUAUGAAUUCCGCGUGGGCUUGUGGGUCUGUGUGUGGCUCCAUGAGCCAGCCAGGCACGUGACGCUGUUGGCUUUUGAGAUGACUUUUACCUCCUGGAUGACUGAUCCUUUCCUCCAUGGAAGGAACGUCAGACCUCUGCUCAGUAGCCCUGUUCUGAUGAAGCCUCGGCUUAGCGGGGGUGAUCUUCAGGCUGGGGGGCAUGUCAGCCCCGAAGGCAAAUACAAAUCCUAGAUUAAUAAUCCAGCUCUAAUGGUCUAAAUAUGGGGGGGGGGGGGAAUGAUGAAAAAACCUCUAAACAUUGAGGCCCAGCCUGUUGGAUAUUCCAGCUGCACUCAUCCAAGGGAACCCAGAACAAUCCCUGUAGCUUGUUCCUAAGACAGCAGUGUGGGGCCAGAUCAUGUAAGACGAGAGUGAAGGGCUGGUCUGGUAUCAGCACCAAGGACCAAAAGGGAAAAAGGAGCUUCUUAACUAAUUUUUGUUAAAAACAAUCAAUGAUGCCACUGGCCAGAUGCUGUCAAUACGUUCUCUGUAUGUACUUUUUAGAAUAAAGAUUAUGUAUUAUCGUCCCUUUGGGGAAAGUUGUUACUGAGGUGUGAAAAUAAGAGAUCACAAUAAAACCUUUUUAAAGGAA